UGCCACCAUGAUUGCCGGCUCCAGUUUUUCUUCCAUCCUCCCGCGUCCAUCGUCGCCCCCGUUCGUUUCCUCUCGCGUCUCGUUUUGCUCGUGGCGUCGUGUGCGUGCCCUUGCUUUGUUGCCUUGCGCUCGGCCUCAUCGUAGACAGGCCGGGGGAAUCUUUUUACGCCCCUACCUCAGGUCACAGGCAGGCAGGCGAGGUGAGUGUGAAACUGAGAACGCAAACACGCGUCCGUUCCUUUCUCCUCCUCCUACCUUCCCCGCCGCUGCGCCUCUCUCUUCCUUCGCUGCCGCUGUUUUUCCACUGUUGGUUCGUUGGGGUGGGGUGGGUGGGUUUGCCUGAAAAGAUCGUCCGGGGAAAAGGUUUCCUCUUCCGGGCUUCACGUAGGUGAGCAUCGGCUUCUUCCUUUCACUGAUCCAAGUCCAACUGCGACCUCCACCCACCAACCAACUCCGCUGCUGCCGCUCUCUUUGGCGCUACGCCGCUGGCUCUUUUCUGCUUCGUCCUAGUUCGCUUUCCUCCUCUGCUCCCAUGUUUCCUCGCCGCGCGCCUCUCUAAAGGUUUCGUUUCGCCGGCGCCAGAAACCAAAAGGAGUGCCGUUUUCUGGGGUUGAGCGAGGCCUUUUGGCUUUCUCGUCCCCGCAGGCAGGUAGGGCUGGUCGUCACGCCAUGGGGCGCGCCAUGAGGUGGCUCAAGAAGGUGCUCACCGGCGGCAAGAAGGAAGGGAGCAAGGACCAGAGCACCGCGGCGCCGCCGAUCGAGAGGAGGAGGUGGAGCUUCGCCAAGGCGAGGAGCAGCGUCGCCGACGCCAGCCGGAGGCCUUCCGUCACCGCCGUCGUCGCCGGCGAGCUCUCCCAGUCGAGGCCGUGCGGCUGCGGCGAGGCGGGCGCGGCCGUCUUGAUCCAGAAGGCCUUCAGAGGCUACCUGGCCAGGAAGGCUCUCCGCGCUCUGAAAUCGCUGGUGAAGCUGCAAGCCCUGGUGCGCGGCUACCUGGUGAGGAAGCAGGCGGCCACGACGCUGCACCGGCUGCAGGCGCUCAUGAGGCUGCAGGCCUCCUCGCACGCCCUCAAGAACCUCUCGUCCCGGAGGUCCAUCGAGCAGGAGCGGAAGGCGUCGCUGCCGGUGGCGCACCGCCGGCGGCUGUCGGAGGGGGGUGCCGGGGACGCCGGGUUCGACCGCAGCCCUCGGAUCGUGGAGAUGGACACGUGCCAGCUGCGUUGCCGGUCGUCCCGGAUCGCUGGCCGGUACGCGGCCGACCCGCAGGCGCCGCCGCCGUCGUCGCCGCUCGCCUACUUGUGCAAGCCGCCGUCGCGCCUGCAGCUGCGGGAGCUGGAGCCGCGGCAGCCCAAGACGACCCAGAACACGCCCCGCCUCCCGGCCGUCGUGCCCAGCGGCUCGCCGGCGAAAGGCCGGCCGUCGUGCGGCGGCGGGGGCGGGCGGGAGUCGAGCAGCCCGCGGUACAUGGCGGACACGGCCUCCUCCGUGGCGAGGGGGCGGUGCCAGAGCGCGCCGAGGCAGCGGCACGGCCACAAUGGCGCCGCUGCGCCGGGCCUGCCGCGCGCCGGGUCGAGGAAGGCGGCGCCGCAGUCGCAGGACAGCUUCAGCUUCAAGAGCUCGGAGGCCACCAGCCGCGUGGAGGACUACUCCGAGAUGAGCGACGAGGUCACCAGAGACUACUACCUCGACCAGCUCUGGUGAUCGUCCGGUCGCCCACUUGAUUAGGGGAAGGAGCCUUUAACAUCAUCAUGGGUACAUAUCAGUAGUAGCAGCAGUCUUUAGGAUUAACAUCGAAAUGCUUGGUAGUUCAUGGCACAAAGUAUGGUCGUCGUCGUCGUCGUCAUCAUCCAACAUCAUCAUGGAUGAUGGGGUAACCGCCAUUGUAGCUCGCCGGAGCAUGGCAAAGAGAAGGGAAUAAAAUCCGUUCUGCUCCCCCGAAACCAUUUGGGGAAAAA